AUGGAAAUGUGCCCGUCUGUGGGACGAAUGGAACACAUUGUUGGAAUUCGAAAAGUGAUUGUGAACGAGUCAAAUUUAAUUGCUUACAAUUAUUUUGAUAAGAUCGACUUGAGCUAUUGUGGAGAAUUUACAGUGGGAGAAAUUAAGGAGUGUUGUGUUAGAAAGAAAUGUUCGGAUAAAAAGGAACAAAUUUGUGCUCAAACUGCGACGUUAGAUAGUUCUGGGAAAAAGUGUAGAUGGUUUGGAAAUAGAUGUGAAUUGCAGAAUCAUAAUUGCGGAAAUAAAACAGAAAUUUUUAAAGAAACUGACAAAUCUUUUUGUAACUUUGAAUAUGGCAACACUGAACAACAAUGUAUGGACUCAAAUGCUAAGAAAAAUGAAACUUUACUUGGAAGUUAAUAGAAGUGUCAUCUAC